AGUACCAUAGAGAAAGCUUCAUGUAAGAUCAGUGGAAGUGUCCUAUCUCUUACCAGCCGUUUCCAAAACAAAGGAGUUAAAAACAUGGCCGAUGAUCAAGGGAAUCAAGACAGUUUGAGACAGUUUGUUGCCGAUGAAUGUAAAGCUCAAGCUACAGAGCGGUCUGACGUUGAAAACCCUGAGAAUGUGACUUUAGAUGCCGAGAGAAUGAAUAACUUUUAUCAGCGUGCGUUGAGGGAAAGCGAGCGAAUGAGCAACGAAGUCACAAGAUCCCACAUGCAGAGAAGUGAACUUCAUAAAGAACUAGGAGCAGACAUGUUUAAGAGCUGGACUCAAGAUCAUGCUCAAGAGGUCCUCAGUUCUGAAAGGUAUGAACUGUGGAGCAAAGAAGAAGAAAAGGCAGAAGAAGCUCUUAAACAGCUGAAGAAUUCAUCAAUCUGUGAAGACGAAAGCAGUGAUGAUGCAUCACAUUGACAAACAUUAUUAUAUUGGAACAUAUGGUAGCAGAAAUUAAGAAUUCAUGGAAGUCUUGGUAUUUAAAAUUGUGUAUAGAUUGACUGUUAUAUUUUUGGUACAUGAAUUUGUGGCUCACAGCUGGUGACUUAGACUCUAGCCAAGGUUGUACCAUUUUUGUUACCAAUGUAAGGACACAACAGACACUGGUUGUGAUGAAAACAACAAACUAUAAAAGGCCUGUUUACAUGGAGGUUGGGAAUCCCCGGUAGGUAAGGUAACUUGCCUUUCCAUGUAAUCUCUUAUUUUAUCUUGAUCACAUUUACACGAUAGGUGUGGUGACUCACCCAGGCAGGAUUAGCCCAGUCUGCCAGGUAGGGUAACCCUGUCAGUUGGGGUGACAAUUUGCCAUGUAAAGGUCUCAAGGUGGGGUAAUCUGCCUAGUGGGGGUUGGGUUCAUGUUGCAAAGAUGUCAAAUGAGCAAAACAAUAGCAAAAAACAUGUGUUUCAAAACUUUGCACAUUUCAUAGCCGUCCCAUACAGAACUAAAUAAUUAACCACCUUUUACAUCCUCUCAGUAAUGAAACCCUGAGAGCAAUUUUUGUCAUGUUUUUACUUUGAACUCAAUACCACAUUCACAUGUUAUGCUGAAGUGAAGACAUUAUACUGUCAGAAAUGCUUAAUGCAUCCAGUUAUUGCCAAAAAUC